AUGCCAAAUUCACAUCAAGCCGAACUGGUGACGGAUACGGACACUGCUGAGGGGUUUCUCUCCAAGUAUGGCUUCAUUAAGCCAGUGAAAUGGGAAGAUAUUCAGUGGAGUGGAGAGGAGUUCUCAGGAGAUUUCACCAGUGGGGACACCGCACCUCUCAUUCAGGAAGCAGGAGAUGAGCGGUGGUCAGGUAUCGGCCCCACAGAAGAGAGCACUCAGCAGUUCCUCAGCGCCCUGAAAGACUUCCAGAGAGUGAGCGGCCUGCCGGUGACCGGCCUGUUUGACGACGCCACUAAGGCGGCCAUGAACAAACCGCGAUGUGGCGUUCCAGACAAAGACGCAGACGCAGACACAGAUCCCAACACAGCGGAGACACACACUACGGAGACACACACUAGUGGAGUUCCCAACGUAGCCAGGUCAGGUCUGGGUAGCACUGAGAUGGGCAGCGGUGCUGAGACCAACCAAGAACACAUGAAGAACCCACGAGACAAAUCUACAGCUAAUAGAGGAGCCCACACACACACGUACAGUGAAAGACUCUCACGCAAGAAGAGACAUCUCGCUACCUUGUGGCCAAAGAGGAGAAAGAGGAGGCAUGUAGAUGAGCUGGGCUACAUGGCGUUCUCCAAGAGGGUGCUGCGCUGGCGUCUGAUUGGUGAGGGCUACAGUAGUCAGCUGUCUAUAGAGGAUCAGAGGUACGUCUUCCGACUCGCCUUCCGGAUGUGGAGCGAGGUGUCACCUCUCACCUUCAUCGAGGACGCCCGCUCCCCCCUGGAGGACGUCGACAUCAGACUGGGCUUCGGGACAGGGCGCCACUUGGGCUGCACUCAGCGGUUCGAUGGCACUGGUCGUGAGUUUGCCCACGCCUGGUUCCUUGGGGACAUCCAUUUUGAUGACGAUGAGCAUUUUACCGGCCCCAACAUGGGAGAUGGAAUAAGCCUUUUGAAAGUGGCGGUGCAUGAGAUUGGCCAUGUGCUGGGCUUGCCUCAUGUCUACAGAUCUGGGUCCAUCAUGCAGCCCAGUUACCUGCCGCAGGAGAACACCUUCGAACUGGACUGGCACGACAGGAAGGCUAUCCAGCACCUCUACGGAAGCUGUAAGGGUCGUUUCAGCACGGUGUUUGACUGGAUCAGGAAGGAGAGGACGCCGUAUGGAGAGGUCAGGGUCCGCUUCAACACCUACUUCAUGCGAGACGGCUGGUACUGGCUCUACGAGAACCGGAACAACCGUACCCGCUACGGGGACCCGGUGGCCAUCCAGGCCGGCUGGCACGGCAUGCCCACCAGCGGAGUCGACGCAUUCGUACACGUGUGGGCGCGGAACGUUGAUGCCGUGUAUUUUUUCAAAGGUACGCAGUUCUGGAGGUACGACACGGAGAGUGACCAGGUGUUCAGCGAGGACGCGGGGGGGCAGCGCUACCCGAGGCCCAUCUCCGCCGGCUUCCCAGGGGUGCCCAGCCCCGUGGACACGGCCUUCUACGACAGGAGGGACGCUCACAUCUACUUCUUCAGAGGGGCACUGGUUUACGCCUUUGAUGUGAAAGCCAACCGCUUGGCGAGAGGCUACCCGAAGAAGAUCACGCAGGUGUUUCCUGCCGUGUUGCCAGGUAACCACCCGGUUGCUAACCUGGACGCCGCCUACUUCUCCUACACGCACAACGCCGUGUUCCUGCUGAAGGGAGGGGGCUACUGGAGAGUGGCCAGCACUAGGGACCGCUUGAGGAGACCCUCCCUGCCCCACAAUGCACUGCUGCCACGACGUGAAGUCCAUGAGCAGUGGUACGACAUCUGUAAUGUACACAGCACAGCGCUGAAGGUGGCACGCAGAUGA